AUGCAAGAAGGAAGGAACGAAGGCUGCAUGUGCCUGCUACAAUUGUCACUGUCCGGUCUUUUCGUAUUUUCCAAAGACGGGGCCUUCAAAACCGGCCUAGAGAAAGGAAUCUCUUUGAACAGAAUUUAUACGAUAGCCUCGAAGCGCAAAAGACCCCGGAACCUUAUGUGCCUGAUUGAGGAAGGCGGGAACAAAUUUACUGUACUUGUAUUUCGUUGCAUCACAUCCGAUGAUAGUAUACUUCUCCAGAAUACACUGAGACAGCUCUGGGAAGUAGAGUACUGCCCUGUGGUUUUGCUGAGCAAGAGGGGACGAGCUACUAGUAGAAAAUCUCGUCCAAAAUCGGCUUUAAGACAUCGGAGUAGCAGUCAUAACGAAAGUACGCACCUCGACUCGGAAAAGAUCGACCCGAAAGGCGGUCACCUUUUCGUCCAAAAUGAACGACAAAGGCGCUCCUCCCGUUACGGCUCCCCUCCCAAAAGCAGCUUCUAUCGACGUUCGAAGAGUCAAGACGGAUCGCAACAUAGAGUACAUUGGCGACCUGUUGCUCUUAGCUCUAUCGGUGUGCAAUCGGAACCGUUAGAAGUUGGCAAGUACAACGACGACGACCAGGCCAACAUAUCGAUCGACGUCCUUAAGAAGGAACUAAAAUCGAUUUUCACGGAGAUACAUGAUAUCCGACGCUUUUUGGAAAAAUCAACCAGUGGGUCGUCGUUGAACCAAGCAGACGACGAAGAGAAUCACUACGGUGAUGUUACUACCUUGCCCUUAUUGGGAAGUGAUGGUAAUGAUGAAGAAUCAAACGGAGCUCAUAUUGCCGGAUAUGUUACCUCGGAAGAAGGAUCGAGUCUGGAGCUUGUAGGAGCCAGCGAACUUUCCGACACCGAUGACGAAUAUAUAAUGGCUAGACGAAGUCUUAUCAGUAAACCACACAGUGGCUAUUUUUUGGAAAAAUCUAUGCGUUAUGAGCCAGACUAUUUGAAAAGCGACCCUCUCUACGGAAAACUACGAAAAAACCGAAAUAAUGACGAUCAGUUUGUUGAAGAAGCUGGUAACAUGGGUAUCCUAGACGAGUUGUCGACUUCCAGGCGACACACGAUUAGUAUGAGUAACACGCAGCGGCGACAUCAAGAAAACACGAAAAAUAUACGAGAUAGCACGGAGAGCUCCGGCUCCGACGGGCUGAACCCAACCAUCGCGACCCUAAAACGUUCGAGAAAAGAUGAAUACUUCUAUAUCCCUUAUCGUACGAAACCUAUCGGUAUGGACUACUACGCGGGUGUACGCACUGUCAUUCGGAAACCAAUCGAGCAAGCCUAUGGCAAGAAAGAUAAGAUCGCAUUCAGGGUAAGAAGUUUUUCAUCGUCGGAUGCGCGCAAAAAAUCCGGUAAUAAAUAA